GGUGGCACUGACUGGCACUGAUGGGUGACAUUGAAAGGCAGCUCAGAUGGGCACUGAUAUGUGGCAUUGAUGUGCACUGGUAUGCACUGAUAUGUGGCAUUGAUGUUGCACUGAUGGGCACUGGCACGUGGCACUGAUGGGCACUGGCAUGUGGCACUGAUGAGCACUGACAAGUGGCACUUCUGGGGCCACACUGAUCAUCAGGGCACACUGAUCAUCAGUGCCCUGAUGAUCACUGUCAGCGUGACAGCUCGAGAGGAGAG